UCUUAACCGCUCAGCUCCAAAACCCUUCCAAAACCUCCUUCCUCAAUGAUAUUGCUGAACAGUGAACAGGCAUGGCCACUUCUACAGGUUUUGCGCUUUCUUGUCGUCCCAAUCUCACUCUCCGCCAUUGCUUACACAAGAUAACCCGUAAAGCAGCAGUUAUGGCGUUCAAUGAUACGGAUAAAGGAAAAGUGAUUGAUGGUUUUGGUGGUGGGACUAAAGCGCUGGAAUGGAAGAGGUUUAAUUCCAAGGACCUUGGCAUUAGAACUUCAGCAAUUACAAAACCUACAAGAGUUGUACUUAAUUCCCUCAAAAAGAAAGGAUUUGAUGUUUACCUUGUGGGAGGUUCUGUUAGGGAUCUAGUCUUGAAAAGAACACCAAAGGAUUUUGAUGUAAUAACAUCUGCUGAUCUUAGAGAGGUGAAGAGAACAUUUUCACAAUGUGAGAUAGUUGGAAGAAGAUUUCCUAUUUGCCAUGUGUGUGUUGAUGAUACCAUCGUGGAGGUUUCGAGCUUUCAUACCUGUGCAGGAAAGUCCCAAAGGGAUAUAUAUUCGUCUUUUGAGAAGCCUGCUGAUUGUGAUGAGAAGGAUCACCUACGCUGGCAAAACUGCUUGCGUCGGGACUUUACAAUAAAUGGGUUGAUGUUUGACCCUUAUGCAAAACUAGUCUAUGAUUACACAGGUGGAGUCGAAGAUAUCAGGAAAGCUAAAGUCCAAACCAUAAUUCCUGCUAGUUUCUCUUUAAUGGAGGACAGUGCUCGUAUUCUUCGUGCAGUUAGAAUUGCUGCACGUUUAGGAUUUUGUUUUCAAAGAGAGAUGGCUCUUACAAUUAAAAACUUAUCGAGUUCAGUCCUCAGACUUGAUAGGGGAAGGCUCCUCAUGGAAAUGAAUUACAUGCUAGCUUAUGGUUCUGCUGAGGCGUCACUAAGAUUAUUGUGGAGAUUUGGCCUUCUAGAAAUACUUCUACCAAUUCAAGCAGCAUAUUUUGUUCGACAUGGAUUUAGAAGACGUGAUAAGAGGUCCAAUUUUCUGUUGAGUUUGUUUUCCAAUUUGGACAAACUACUUGCACCUGAUAAGCCAUGCCACAAUUCCUUAUGGGUUGCCAUUUUAGCAUUUCAUAAAGCGCUGUCAGAGCAAGCAAGGGAUCCUUCAGUUGUUGCUGCAUUUUGCCUUGGCGUGCACAAUGGCGGAGAUUUAACCGAAGCUUCAAGUAUAGCUGGAAGUAUCUCCAGGCAACAUGAAAGCUGCUUUCCCGAACUGCUAGAGCACCAGCAUCUGGACUCAGCGUCACUUAAAGAUGAAGUAGUGGAUUUGGCAUUAUCGGUCCAAAGAGCAUUGACUGCCAUUACAGAUGAAUAUUUUGUCUCGAGGGCAAUGGCCGAGUACUCCAAAGUGCCAUAUUCAAACGUAGUAUUUGUCCCAUUGACCCUAUACUUGAGAGUGGGCAGGAUCUUUGAAUGUGUUCGGUUGGGAAAGGAAAAAGGGUUUGUGGGGAAGCAAGGAAGGAAGAUCAAUUAUGAGCUGUUAGCGAGUGGGAGCCUACAGGAAGUCCGGCAUGUAUUUGCGAGGGUUGUUUUCGAUACAAUAUAUCCAUUAAGCCUCGGUAAAGAUCAAACAUAACUAAAUUUUGUAUUGUUGUUGUUAGUCGUCUCACAUGGUGUUAUUGGUAGGUGUGGAAUUAGAAAGUAUAGAAAUAUAGUAGCUUUGGCCAUAAUGGGCAAUUUUGUGCUUUGUUGAUUCAACAAUUUUGAGUUUCGCAUUGUCAA